AUGUAUGCAUGCAUGCAAAAUGGACAAGAACAAUAAUUUCGCAAAAAGAUGGAGAGUUUUGAGCGGCGAGAACGAGUGGGAAGGUCUCUUAGAGCCGCUCGAUCUAGACCUCCGCCGCUACGUGAUUCACUACGGCGAGAGGGCACAGGCCAUAGCCGACGCCUUCAACGCCGAGACCAAAUCCAAGAACUGCGGCCUCUCGCGCUACCCGGCGGAGGGUUUCUUCUCUCACGUCGGCUUAGACAGAGGUAACCCUUUCAAAUACGAGGUGACUACCUUUUUCUACGCUGCCUACGGAGAUCUCGACGGCGGUGGCUCUGGCAAGGUGUUCAAGAAGUCAUCGUCUCCGCUGGCUGAGACUGAGACCUCUAACUGCAUUGGCUACGUCGCUGUGGCCACGGACGAGGGCAAGGUUGCGUUGGGAAGGAGAGACGUUCUUGUGGUUUGGAGGGGUAGCGUGGUGUCCGAGGAUUGGACGGCUGAUUUUAACUCGGAGUUGGUGUCAGCCCAGGACACACUUGGUACGACCCACUUUCCAAGAGUGCAUAAAGAUUGGUACUCCAUCUACACAGCCAAUAACAAUUCCAAGUUUAAUCUCACCAGUGCUCGUGACCAGGUUUUCUUGGAGGUGAAGAAACUACUGACCAAAUACCAAGAGGAAGAACUGAGCAUAACAGUGACCGGUCACAGCAUGGGAGCUGCACUGGCAACACUCAACGCAGUUGACAUGGCUUACAACAAAGUAAACCUAUUAUUUUCUGGGCAACCAAACAAGACUACUCCUACUACUGUUCCAAUCACCGCCAUCGUCUUCGCCAGCCCCCGCGUCGGAGACCGCGGCUUUGGCAAUGUCUUUUCCGAUCUCAACACCGGCGGCGGCGGCAACCUUCACCUCCUCCGAGUGAACGAAUUACUCGACGUCGUCCCCCAAUACCCUCUGACAAUCCAAGGCUAUGUCGACGUGGGACAGCUACUGCUCCUCAUGGUUAUCAAAUCGCCAUACAUUAAGCCGCUACUCACUCUGGCCGAUGACCCCUCGAAAUGGCUGGCGAUUCAUGAUUUGGAGCUUCAUUUGCAUGGAGUUGCAGGAACGCAUGGUGUUUUUGGAGAGUUCAAGUUGAAGAUCGACCGCGACCUUGGCCUCAUGAACAAAGGAGGAGACCUCGUUAAGGAUGAGUAUGGGAAAAUUGUGAGUUGGUGGACUGAGAAGAACAAGUCCAUGGUUCAAAAUGAUGAUGGCUCAUGGGAGCUCGAGGAUUCUCGGAAGUAAGAGAACGAGAACCAUGAAAGUACUCGUCAUUGAUCUCAGCUUUCGAUAGCUGAAGUAAUAUCUAUAUUUGAAUUCUUAUGUGUGAUGUAAUAAGAGCUCAUUUCUCUCUAUGUUGGCUUUCAUGUAUCCAAUGCUACUAAAUAAGUGCUCCUUUUUGAAAUGUUUCGAAUACAUUUUCAUUUCAAGUGUUUUGGUUCUAUGUUGGUAUGAAGAAAUAAGAUUUGUUUAUUAUGGUAA